GCCGGGGGAACCCGGGACUGGGCCAGGCCGCGCCUCUCGCUGAGCGCCGCGCCUGGGGUCCGCCGAGCGCGGCCCCUCCGCGCUGCCGGCAGCGCGCAAAGAGGCUCUGCUCAUUGACGUCACAAUGACACACUGAAGCCAAACACAGGAGCUGGGAACAGUUCUUCUGCUUCACUUUUGAUAAUUGAGUGAGUUUGCCACCACUCUAUUCCUUCCAGCAUGGCUAAGAGUGCAGAAGUGAAAUUGGCGAUCUUUGGUCGGGCUGGUGUGGGCAAGUCAGCUCUUGUUGUACGCUUCCUGACCAAACGGUUCAUCUGGGAGUACGAUCCAACGCUAGAGUCUACAUAUCGUCACCAAGCUACCAUUGAUGAUGAAGUGGUUUCCAUGGAGAUACUAGAUACAGCUGGUCAGGAGGAUGCUAUUCAGAAAGAAGGACAUGUGCGAUGGGGUGAAGGCUUUGUGCUGGUUUACGACAUCACAGACAGAGGCAGCUUUGAGGAAAUGCUGCCACUAAAGAACUUGUUGGAUGAAGUUAAAAAGCCCAAAAAUGUCACCCUGAUCCUGGUGGGGAACAAAGCAGACUUGGAUCACUCCAGGCAAGUCAGCACAGAGGAAGGUGAAAAGCUGGCCACAGAACUAGCAUGUGCUUUUUAUGAGUGUUCUGCUUGCACUGGAGAGGGCAACAUUAUGGAGGCCUUCUAUGAGCUCUGUCGGGAGGUACGGCGUCGAAAGAUGGUCCAGGGCAAGACUCGGAGACGAAGCUCAACCACCCAUGUCAAGCAGGCAAUUAAUAAGAUGCUUACCAAAAUCAGCAGCUAGAAAGAGCUGUACUAAACCACAUAAGAUUUUAGAGCAUAUUAGCUUGGAGCAGGGAUGAAGCAGGCAGAGCACAUUUAAUUAAAAAUGGUCAAAGCUUUGCAAUGAAAAAAAAAAGACAAACAUCACCAUAUUUUUUAAUAACACAGAGUCAUACUAUUUUCCUGUUUUGAAAUGUAUUUAGCCACACUGCUUCUGGCUAAUGUGGAAAAAAACCCAAAAACACCAAGGAAAAAAACCACCAAAUGAACUCCAAAGGACUAGAUGAUUGUGGGAAUUGGCACCAACAGAGAAUCUUCUGCUUCUACGGGUCUAGUCCAACGUCCUGCAAAUCAGUAGUGCCUAAACAUCAUUUCCAGCCAACCAGCUGCUCAGUAGCCAUUGGCGAGUAAGAUUCAGCCUUCAGUCCAUCAACUACCAUCACAACUAAUGUUCUCCAGGACUGAAUAAGUGUUGAGGCUGCUCUGUUAUAUCAGAAGGUUCACCUGACACCUUUAACCAGCUCUAAGUUGGUGCAUUGUGUGCUUUUACUCCAAACUGUACUUCCUUGUUAUUUUUGUCAAAUCUAUGUUUUGUCAAAGUGCUGAUGUUCUUAGCAAGGUAUGCAAAAAAUACAGGAAAGGUCUAUUUUAUGGAGUUUUUGACCAGCAAGACAUACGUUUCAAAGAGCUGAAGUUCAGCUGCUCUUCCAGAUCCUAUGAAACUGCAGAAUUCAUAAAGAAAUAAUUAGCUAGUCCAGUGGCAUUUCAGCUCUUUCCCCUCAAAGUGCAGUACUGUACUUGGGGAAAUGGGACUAAAUGUGUUAUGAAGUCAAAAUUUAAAAAAAAAAAAAAAAAAAAAAUUGCUAUUGAUUUAGUUAUGGGUAGGUUUUAGCUUUUGUUUACAUUUCUUGUUUUGGUCUUUUUUCAAUUCAAGUAGUUCUUCUUAGUCUAUCCUAUACCGAAAAAGAACAGAAUCCUUGGAAAGGCAAGUAUUUAAAGUCUAAUGCCCAAAUGCAGAUCAGAUGUGAAUGGCCUCUACCAUAUCAAAAGAUCACAAUUUCCAGCUGUUUAAGCUUCCAGAUGUUGCUUGGAGCGCUCUGGGGUUUAAACCAGAACAGGUUUUUUGUGCCUUUUAUCUGGUACAUUGAAGUGAAAGUGUAUUUUAUCAGAUUUUGGUGCCAGGGAUAAAAAGUGUUCAUUUUUUUCUUCUCCCUCAUGCAUCUGAUUUAAGCCAGCUGUCAAAUUUUACCUCCUGUCUAGUUGGUUUGUUAACUGUAUGCUAAAAGAUCUAAGAAUCAAGACUGGAAGAUUUUAAUUCAGAUUGUUCUGGUUUCCCACCAGUUGUGUUGCAUCCCUUUGGGCGUCGUGGUAUGCAGUUCAGACUGUUAUCAUGUAGAACCACUGCCAAAGGUUGGGAUGACAAAUGGGAAUAUUAGCAUACUCUCCUUUGAGGAAAACCCCCUUGAAGCAACUACUUACAACUGUAUUCUCCAGUGCUUUGUACUUCCUAUGGUUAUUUGCCUCUGUGAUGAAUUAAUUCCAAAAGGCUAUAACAUACAAAUUGCCACAGAUUUAGGAGAAUGAGUAUAUCUAGUUGGAUGACACUUCAGACAGUUAUAGGUAGCCAUAGAGGUGGGGAUCUUCGCUCGCGAAGACUGGCCAUUAUUAUUAGAGGUGGGGAACAGGCUGAAGAGUCAGAUCUGUAUAUCCCUGUCAACAGAAAAAAAUUCCAAGUUAGGACUUCUUUCAAAAGUAUUUACUUCAAGGUAUUUUACCAAAGUAAUUUUUUUUAAACUCUCUAGUUACCCAACCAGCAUCAAAGAACAUCACAUUCAUAUAUAUAUUUUAUUUGUGCUGUUAUUUGUCUCCUCUGUUUCUGUAUUCUAGAUAGUGAAAACUCAUUUCACUCUUCUGGAAUCAAUAUCUAUAUUUUGGUCCUCAUGUUCAAGUAUAUUUCCAUACACCAUCUAGACAUACUACAGUGGAAACACUACCUUGUGCUUCUGGGCAGGGGGUUCUUGCAACGGAUUAUAUCACUGUCUUUGAGACACACCUGUUACCACACUAUUUAACACAUCUAUAACUUUUGUUAAAAAGAAAAAAAAAAUACAGGUUUUGCCAUUUUUAGUCCUAUUAGUAAUGUAGAAUCAAUACAAGUGUAAAGGAAAGAGCUAAUGCCUGCUCACAGACCAGAAAUCUUUAGCUGAGGGUAUGAACUUGCAAGCAGUGUAGUUACUCUAGGAGCCAGAAUUAUUAUUUGCAAGUUGAAGCACAAAGUCGUUUUGUCAUCUUUGAAAUCAGUGCUGCUGCACAAAUCUGAAGUAAACAAAAUCCUUACCUGCAAUCCCAUGGCAACACAGCUAAGAGGAAAGUCUUGUUAUGCUAAAAUAUUGAUUCAUCCCUCUCUUAGAAAACUUCAACAGUUCUUUUAUCUGAAAACCUUUCUUGGGGUUCAGAGUUGAGCUACAUUUAAAAUACAAAAAGGUUAUAGAUGAAUGACAAGAGAAAAUAAAUUAAUCAUAUUCAUAUUAGAAGAGUUAGAGGAGAGGCCCUCAUAGAAUCAUAGAAUAAUAAUAAAUAACAAUUAUAAUGACCAGUCUUCGCGAGCGAAGAUCCGGGGAAGGUCUUUACAUCUUCCAGCCUGCGCAUUGGAUUUUUUAGGUGAGACACAGUGUGCGGGGAACUGAGCCCACCCUUUAAUCCUAAGAUUCAUCUACUGGGGCCAAGCGAGCUUGGACGGUGGCAGUGAGGUCCUCAGGACGUAGAUGGAUUGCUAACGAGCUCCAUCUGCCCAGGCGAGUGUCCCUGACCGGGAAUCGAACACGGGCCUCGGCGGUGACAGCGCCGCACCCUUAACCACUAGACCACCAGGGGCUCCCAUCAUAGAAUAGAUUGGGUUGGAAAAGACCUCCAAGAUCAUCAAGUCCAACCCCUGAUCCAACUCCAGUUAGUAUAUCAUGGCACUAAGGGCCAUGUCCAAUCUCUUUUUAAAAACCUCCAGGAAUGGUGAAUCCACCACCUCUCUGGGCAGGCCGUUCCAAUGCCUGAUCAUCCUCCCUGUAAAGAAUUUCUUCCUAACAUCUAACCUAAACUUCCCCUGGCAGAGCUUGAGCCCAUGUCCCCUUGUCCUGUUGUUGGUUGCCUGGGAGAAGAGACCAACCCCCACCUGGCUAUAACUUCCCUUCAGGUAGCUGAAGAGAGUUGUGAGGUCACCUCUAAGCCUUCUCUUCUCUAGACUAAACAACCCCAGCUCCCUCAGCCUCUCCUCAUAGGACUUGUGCUCAAGUCCCAUCACCAGCCUGGUUGCUCUUCUCUGGACCCGCUCCAGCACCUCAAUAAAAAUCCUUCCUGAACUGAGGGGCCCAGAGCUGAACACAAUACUCAAGGUGCGGCCUCACCAACACAGAGUACAGGGGAAGGAUCACUUCCCUGCUCCUGCUGGCCACACUGUUCUUGAUCCAGGCCAGGAUGCCAUUGGCCUUCUUGGCCACCUGGGCACACUGCUGGCUCAUGUUCAGCUUCCUGUCGAUCAGCACCCCCAGGUCCCUUUCCACCUGGCUGCUCUCCAACCACUCUGUACCCAGCCUGUAGUGCUGCAGGGGUUGUUGUGGCCAAAGUGCAGGACCCGGCACUUGGCCUUGUUGAACUUCAUUCCAUUGGAGUCAGCCCAGCUCUCCAGCCUAUCCAGAUCCCUCUGCAGAGCCCUCCUGCCUUCCGGUAGGUUGACACUCCCUCCCAACUUGGUGUCAUCAGCAAAUUUGCUGAUGAUGGACUCAAUCCCCUCAUCUAGAUCAUUGAUAAAGAUGUUAAACAGGACUGGGCCCAGCACUGAUCCCUAGGGGACACCACUGGUGACUGGCUGCCAGCUGGAUGCAGCUCCGUUCACCAGCACUCUCUGGGCCCGGCCUUCCAGCCAGUUCUUAACCCAGCAGAGAGUGCCCCUGUCCAAGCCAUGGGCUGUCAGCUUUUCCAGGAGUAUAUUAUGGGAGACCGUAUCAAAGGCUUUGCUGAAGUCCAGAUAGACCACAUCCACAGCCUUCCCCUCAUCUACCAGGUGAGUCACCUGAUCGUAAAAGGAGAUCAGGUUGGUCAAACAGGAUCUGCCUCUCCUAAACCCGUGCUGGCUGGGUCGGAUCCCUUGUCCAUCCUGUAGCUGCUGUGUGAUUGCACACAGGAUGAUCUGCUCCAUAACUCUGCCAGGCACCGAGGUCAGGCUGACAGGCCUGUAGUUACCAGGGUCAGCCUUGCAGCCUUUUUUAUGGAUUGGGGUGAUAUUUGCCAACUUCCAAUCAUGUGGGACCUCCCCAGUGAGCCAGGACUGUUGGAAGAUGAUGGAGAGCGGCUUGGCAAGCUCUUCUGCCAGCUCCCUCAUUACCCUAGGAUGGAUCCCGUCUGGUCUCAUACUUUCCAAAAGAAUCUCAGCAAAUGUAGCUUCCUUUUUAAUGUCUGUGUGGAGAAGUUAUAAGAUCCUGAUGAAAGAAAAUAUUCCACUGUGCAAAUAUCACUUGUUACGUAAAGCACCUAUAAUAAAAAUAGUAACAUUCCUUUGCAAAGACUGAAUUUGGAAGCUGCCAACCAAGAUAAACACUUGAUCAAAAAGGGGCUGCUAUUUUGUGACCUUUCCUCCCACACAAACACAAUUUUCUUUAUUUAAUUGCUCAUUAAUUUUUUCUUUGGUGUCAUGGGCUGAUUGUCAAGCCAGUUCUACUACAGUGUAUUUGUUGAUACACAUUACAUAGUAUUAAAUGCAACCUGGUUUUCUAUUGCUCACAAUGUUGCAACAUAUUAUUGGCAAUGCUAUAAAUGUCUAAUAUAUCUACAAUGUGCAAAUUGAGCCCAAAAUUGCCCAAGCAUUGAAAAGGCCAAAUGCAGCGUGAAUCCACAUUUGCUAGCCUUUCUGCAGCAGACAUCAAUGGUUUAAAUUCUGUUUCUACAGCUGCUGUUUAAGUGUAUGUAUAUGACACUAACAUCAAGUUUAUCUCCUUUGCCCGCUACCAUUUCUGUGGAGAGAGAAUGGGAAGGAUGAUCAAAAAAAGGGGAGGGAAGGUGAAAUGGAUACUUGUUACCUACAACAAGUUGAUUGUCAUUUAUGAAGUUUUAAAAUAUUUAUCUUCAAUUGAUGAAGAGUUGUCAUGCCCAUGCUGCAAGACCUGGAUCAGGACCCAAGACUUCCCUAGAACUUUUAGAAUCUUCAUAUCUGGGGGUUUGGUGCAACUACAGUUGGAAAUGAGGAUCAGCCACUGGAUCCAGCACCUGGAUCCAGACAAGGUGUCCCCAACCUGGGGAUAGUUGGAUCUGGCAGUUUGCUACAAGUCUAGUUGAAUUUUAUAUAUAUAUAAUGAUCUGUAUGCAUUUUUACAUUAAAAAUAUUAAAGCUUGUGCUUGUAGAUAAUAUAUAAGAAAAAAUAAAAAAUAAAAAAAAAAGUGGUCUGUGCUGAA